CUGUUUGAGUGCCGCAGCUGGAAAAAUGGCAGCUGACACAGGGAGAUACAGAAGUGCCGUCAGCAAAAACAAAGAUCCCUCCGGUCUCCUCAUCUCUGUCAUCAGGACUCUGUCCAGCAGCGAUGAUGUGCAGGACAGGGAGACGGAGAAGGGCCGACUGGAAGAGGCCUUCGAAACGUGCGACAGGGAUUUAGAUCAGCUGAUCGUUCAGCAUUAUGCUGAACUCACUACAGCCAUCAGGACCUACCAGAGCAUCACGGAGCGCAUUACCAGCUCCCGCAACAAGAUCAAACAGGUGAAGGAGAACCUGCUGUCCUGCAAGAUGCUGCUCCACUGCAAACGGGACGAGCUGAGGAAGCUGUGGAUCGAAGGCAUCGAGCACAAGCACGUCCUCCAGCUGCUGGACGAAAUUGAAAGCAUCAAGCAGGUGCCUCAGCGGCUGGAGGCCUACAUGGCCAGCAAGCACUAUCUUCAUGCCACGGACAUGCUGGUGACGGCAGUGGAGUCCCUGGAGGGCCCCCUGCUUCAGGUGGAGGGCCUCGGAGACCUGCGCCUGGAGCUGCACAGCAAGAAGCUCAACAUCCACCUGGUGCUGAUCGACGAGCUGCACCGGCACCUCUACAUCAAGUCCACCAGCCGGCUGGGACACAAGAACAAGGACCGGAACGCCGGCCGCCUCCCCAGCACGUUAGCAAAAGACUCUCCGAUGCCCGGGUUGGAUGUCAGCAGUCUGUCGACGCCGCGCAAGCUUCUGGAUUCCUCCCAGUUCAGCACACCUGGAUCCAGCAGUGUGCGAGAGCUGCAGCAGGAUCUGAGGGAGCUGAACCAAGCCGACCUGCCGGAGGUGGAUCCAGAGGAGAACAGCGCCGAGUUCAUGGGCAUCCUCAUCAGGGCUCUGGCGAAGUUGAAGAAACUCCCAGAGACCAUCAAAGCCAUAAUGGAGCGUCUGGAACCCGAGCUGAAGCAAAUCGUCAAGAGGUCCACUACUCAGAUAGCGGACCACGCUUACCAGAGGGGGGAGAACCUGGCCCAGGAGAGCCAGCCCAGGUUGCUCCUGGAGCUGCUGGAGCUCCUGUUUGACAAGUUCAAGGCAGUGGCCCAGGCGCACAGCGUGGUGCUGGCCCACCUGCAGCAGACCGCCCUGCAGCGGCCCGGCGGGGCUUACGAGGAGGACAUCCGGCUGUACGAGCAGGCCGACGUCUCCGCCAAGAUCCAGGCCGUGCUGCAGGUUCUCCUCAUGGAGUAUCUGGACGUGAAGAACAGCCGCAGCGCCACCGAGCCGUCGGCCCAGCUGUCCUACGCCAGCACCGGCAGCGAGUUCGCCGCAUUCUUCGCAAAGAAGAAGCCCCAGCGCGCCAAGCAGUCACUUUUCAAGUUCGAGUCGUCUUCCCAUGCCAUCAGCAUGAGCGCCUACCUGAGGGAGCAGAGGAGAGAGCUCUACAGCAAGAGUGGAGAGCUGCAAGGCGGUGCCGACGACAACCUGAUUGAAGGAGGGGAGAUGAAGUUUGUCUGCAAGCCGGGAGCGAGGAACAUCACCGUGAUCUUCCAGCCGCUGCUCAGAUUCAUUCAGGAGAUUGAAAUGAACAUGGGCCCGGGCCAAGCCAAGCAGUGCCAGCUUCGAGCUUUCCUCACCUACUACAUUAACGACCUCUUCCUCAACCAGGUGCGGACCGAGAUCAACAAGGAAAUCGAGGCGGUGAGCAAGGCGGCCGACCCCUUGAAGAUCCUGGCCAGCGCCGACACCAUGAAGCUUUUGGGCGUCCAGAGGCCGGUACUGCAGAGCACAGUGGUGGUGGAGAAGUCCAUCCAGGAUCUAAUGAGCCUGAUGCAGGACCUGAGCGCCUACUCCAACCAGUUCCUGGAGAUGGUGUGCGACAAGCUGAAAGAGUACAAGGAAAUCUGCAACACGGGCUACAGGGGCAUCGUCCAGAGCGAGGAGAAGCUGACCAUCAGCGCCUCCUGGUCCAAAGACGAGGACAUCAGCCGGCUGCUCCAGUCCCUGCCGAACUGGGCCAACAUGGCCCAGCCCAGACAGACCCGGCAGAAGAGGGAGGACGAAGAGGACUUCACCAGGGCGGCUUUCGCGAAGGAGUCGGAGGUGCUGACGGGGAACCUCGGAGACAAGUUAAUCCCCCAGAAUGAGAUCCUGCGUGACGUCAGUGACCUGAAGGCGCUGGCCAACCUCCACGAGAGCAUGGAGUGGCUCGCCGGCCGCCUCAAGGCUUUCUUCUCCAGCCUGCCUCAAUCCUCCGGUGCUUCUUCCAGCCUAGCGGACGGCCAGGGCGUUGGAGAAAGCGAGCGCAGCCGAGAGCAGAUUCUGCAGACUCUGAGCGACCUGUCCAGGGGAUUCCAGGAUAUUGCUGACCGCUGCCUUCUGGUGUUACAUCUAGAGGUCAGGGUCCACUGCUUCCAUUACCUGAUCCCGCUGACCAAGCAGGGGAAUUACGCCAUUGUGGCCAAUGUGGAGAGCAUGGACUACGACCCGCUGGUGGUCAAACUGAACAAGGACAUCUCGGCCAUAGAGGAGGCCAUGGGAGCCGCCUUGCAGCAGCACAAGUUCCAGUACAUCUUCGAAGGCCUCGGCCAUCUCAUCUCCUGCAUCCUGAUCAACGGGGCUCAGUACUUCAAGCGGAUCAGCGAGUCGGGCAUCAAGAAGAUGUGCAGAAACAUCUUCGUCCUCCAGCAGAACCUCACCAACAUCACCAUGUCCCGGGAGGCCGACCUGGACUUCGCCAGGCAGUACUACGAGAUGCUGUACAACACCGCCGACGAGCUGCUCAACCUGGUGGUGGACCAGGGCGUCCGCUACACCGAGCUGGAGUACAUCAACGCCCUGUCGCUGCUCCACCGCAGCCAGACGGGCGUGGGCGACCUGAGCACUCAGAACGUCCGGCUGCAGAGGCUGAAGGAGAUCAUCUGCGAGCAGGCCGCCAUCAAACAGGCCACCAAGGACAAGAAGAUCACCACCGUGUGACGAUAGAACGGGCUGGGCGGGGAGAGGGGAGGGGGCGGAGCUGCCUUGAAUUCAAAGACGAGCGGAUAUCAAAGAUGACUAGGAUAUGUAGAUCAUAUAUAAAUAUCAGCUUUGGCAGCACCGACUCGCUCUAAUUGGGAAGCGAAGUCACAUCCUACACUCCAAACUUUGCGAGUCUGGCUGCAGAUAAAUCUGAGGUAACCCAUAUUGGCAACUCGCACUGUUUAAGAGACGUGACAAAUGCAGCUCCCAGACUCACGGCAGUCCUCCGCUUCCCCGCGACUGCAGCUCCACAUAAAAGACAAUUGUCUUGGACACUCACCCGAACUUGGGCUCCAUCUCAUCUCAUUUUCCUAUUAGAUCUAAACUGCAGCUCUCAAUUACACCUCUAUCUCCCCUCUCCUGGCGGCCCCGGGGGCCCACUGAUUCUGUCUGCGAAAACAGAUGCCAGAUUAGACGUCUGAAUGAGGCCACAUCUUCCGCCUGCUGCCAAUUUGGGUUGGUCCCCGAAGAAUUCCUGCGCUGAGAAUUGUAUCAUAUCUGCAGUUGUUAAAAAUCUGUUUAUCUGUCUUUUUUUUUUUUUUUUUUUUUUCAUAUAGUUUGUGCACUAAACUUGUACGCUGUUGUGGAAAGUUGUGGGUAGAUAAAUUGGACAAAGAGGACAAACUCCGUAAGCAGCUUUCAGUUCCUGGAUAUCACAUGUUGGUAUGAAUACAUUUCAAUCAUCCUGUUAUCCCUGUGAAUUGUAACUUCUGCCAUUUUGGGUCUUCAUUUCCUCUCCAGGUCUUGUAAAACAAGCAAAAAAAAAAAAAACUGGAAAGAGAGAGAGAGAAAUCGCAAAUCAUUCUCCUCCCUGCAACCCUCCCUGUUUUUAGUUCAUUAACUUGGGAGAGAAGUACUUAACAAGAGGAGGAGAGGGGAAAGGGAGCCUUGUCAAUACGGCUGGCCCAGCGCCGGUCUCCCAGAAGCCCACAGAGCAAUCCAUCAUAAUGACACAUCGGCCGGGAUCGAUGGGAAAACAACUGUGGAGCCGCUCAGCGCCUUCGCCUUCCACUCCGAAAUGUACGCUCGCCGUGAAAUCUAAAAUCUGCUCAUUCGCCUGUUCACUCUCGGAGAUACUUCUGUAUUGUUAUACAUGGGAUACUUUGAUAUAAUGCUAAGUGAAGAUGCUACUAGAUCACAGUUGUUUCUACUCUAUAAUAAACCCACAUGAUCUGCCACCACAUACACUAAUAUGCACAAUAUAAUAAAGUCUUCAAAUUCCA